AUGGCAUUCGGAAAAUCGUGUUAUACUCCGACAAUUGCGGAGAUUUUUUUGAUGUUUGCUCAUGCAUCGGUGACUUUGGAUCUAGAAAUAUCACACCGUUUUCUUGAGAUUGGUCAUACCCAGAACGAAAAUGACAGCAUGCACGCUGUCAUAGAAGUUGCAAAGAAACGACAUUCGAAUAUUUAUACUCCUAACCAGUGGAUUAUCCUCAUAAAGAUGGCAAAAGUUACUCCUCUACAGUACAGAGUGAAAGGAAUGUCUCAAGAAGACUGUUUUAGUUUUAAACCAGUGGUUCAGAAACAGAACUGGAAGAGCACUAACACUGCUGAGGUGGUAAAGAUAAGCAAAAUUAGCGAAAAUCACUUCGAUCCGAAGAAUCCUUAUAAAGUUUAUUUUACCUACAGUUUUUCAGAAAAUUAA